AUGGACCGGGCUGAGCCCUACUCGCGCCCGCGGCCAGGCAAGAGCAGGUACGUGCGCCUGGGCGACAACCGCCGAGCCUCUUUCGAAAUGCUGGCAGCACAGCAACAGGCACAAAUGCUGCAACAAGCCAAGAUGGCCAACAAUGCAGCAGCAGCAGCUGCGAGGACGACGCAGAGCAACGUGUCGUGGGCGUCGUCCAGUGGGUCCAUGUCGGGAAAGGGCGCCUCGUCGAUUUACUCGAACGCCGCCGGGGGUUCUGGCGCCUCGUCGCUCAAGUCCUUGUCCAACUUGUCGCCGUCGUCGUUCGGGGCGUCGUUGCCGCCCGGAUUUGGACUCACGCAGGCUCCAUCAGCUUUGGAAAGAGCCAAAAGUCUGAGGAGGCCAGGUGAGGGGAGUAGGGUGGUGAUGCCAAGACGUUCAGGCCCGAUUCCUCUGGCAAUGGACUUCGCCUUGUUGCCUGGGGGUAUUGUCAUCGGAGGAACCACUGCUUCUGUUUCGCCACAUGGAUCAAAAGGGCUGAGAAGUGUGAUCAAAUUGGCUGAAAUUACAUUGAAAAAC